AUGAGAGGGAGAGGGAGGAGGAAGAGGGACAGGGAAAGCAGAGGACCAAGUAGGGAGGAUAGGGAUAGAUACAAUGAUAGGUCCAGUAGGCAGUGGAAAUUUCAUGACCUUGAUGACGAUGGCAAUGCUUACCAUAGACGUUAUGAGACUGACAAUGAGAGAGACAGGGCAGCUAAUCUCCUCAAAUUUGGAAAGCAAAAAACUCAAGAGACAGAGAGUGAGAAACGUAAAAGAGAUGAAGUUGAACAGAAGGACUAUCAGGAAAAAAUUGCUUUCCAACUUGCUCAACAGGAAGAGGAGGAAGAAGAAGAUGAACUUGAUAGAAUUAAGGAGGAGAGCAGAAGGCGCAGACAAGCUAUUCUUGAAAAGUAUAAGAAUCAGCCUUCACAAAAAUCCGGAGACAAUGCGGAGGUUCAUGUGAAUCGGUCUACUGAGAAGCAUGCAGCUGGAGAUAGUGCUGUACCAGAGCCCAUUGAUGGUCCAACCAAUGGUGCAGAUGUACAUGGUGAUGAGCCAACAUUUUAUUCUGGGAAAUCACCUUUGCCAGGAGGUCAUAAUGCUGAUGAGAAGGCUUCUGGAGCUGGUGGACUGGGACAGGGUACUCCAGAGUUCUCAACAGAGGAGCUAGUGAAGACGCUUGAGAAAAAAAUUGAACGUCUCCAACAGCAACCACAGUUUUCAACAGAGGAGCUAGUGAAGGAGCUUUCUAAACAAAAAGAAAAUUUCAAACAGCAUCAACAGGAGCAUGAGGAUGGAGUUAAGCAACAGUUUCCAACAGAGGAGCUAGUGAAAGAGCUUGCGAAACAAAUUGAAUAUCUCCAACAGCAUCAACCGGAGUAUAAUGACCAAGUUAAGCAACAGAGUGAGAGGUCGGCUGACAUGUUUUGUGACGAUAUAUUUGGAGAAUCACCUGCUGCCAUUCCGAAAAUGGGCAAAGGAGAUGGCAUGCCGACCGAGCGCAAUUGUCUUCAUGAUAACUGGAAUGAUCCGGAAGGGUAUUAUAGAUACCGAUUCGGAGAAAUUCUUGAUGGCCGUUAUGAGAUUCUUGCUGCUCAUGGGAAAGGCGUCUUUUCUACUGUCGUUCGAGCUAAAGAUUUGAAGGCUAGACCCGGUGACCCGACAGAAGUAGCUAUAAAAAUCAUUCGUAAUAAUGAUACGAUGUAUAAAGCGGGUAUGGAAGAGUUGGUCAUAUUGAAGAAGCUGGUUGCUGCAGAUCCUAAAGACAAGCGCUGCUGUGUUCAUUUAGUCUCUAGCUUCAAGUACCGGAAUCAUCUUUGUCUAGUAUUUGAGUCUCUCUGGAUGAAUCUCCGUGGGCUCCAGAAGAAGUUUGGGCGUAACAUUGGACUCAGCCUCGACGUUGUGAGGCUUUAUGCGAAGCAACUUUUCAGUGCUUUGAAGCAUCUAAAGAGUUGUGGCGUGCUUCAUUGUGAUAUUAAACCCGACAACAUCUUGGUAAAUGAAGCGAAAGACAAGCUGAAGCUUUGUGACUUUGGCAAUGCUAUGUUUGCUGGCAAAAACGAAAUCACUCCAUACCUCGUGAGCCGCUUUUAUCGCGCCUCCGAGAUCAUACUUGGCUUGUCAUACGAUCAUUCGAUGGAUAUUUGGUCAGUAGGUUGCUGUUUGUUUGAGCUUUAUGCUGGGAAAGUCUUAUUUCCAGGUCGUUCUAAUAAUGACAUGCUCCGUCUUCAUAUGGAACUGAAAGGUCCAUUUCCGAAGAAGAUGCUUAGAAAGGGUGCAUUUACAUAUCAGCAUUUUGACCAAGAUCUGAACUUCCUUGCCACUGAAGACGAUCCUGUUACAAAGAAGGCUAUUAGGAAGCUGAUUGUCAACAUCAAGCCGAAAGAUAUCAGUUCAGUAAUUUCAGGUGACCCAGGUGAAGAAUUAAAGAUGUUGGCUCUGGCUCACUUUAAAGAUUUGAUGGAGAGAAUAUUUGUGUUAGAUCCUCUAAGGAGAAUCACUGUUUCCCAGGCAUUAGAACAUCCAUUCAUCACGAAGAAGUGAGCGACAAUGAUGAUGUAACACCACAAAUUUUGUAAAUUUAUUAUGUGCCUUUAGAUGAUAUUGUUUUUAUAGUAACUAUUUUUUUAAUCACUUCUCUUGAAUUU